AUGGAUCAAGAGGAUUUCGAGGUUAUUAUGGAGAAGAAGACGUUGGAGGGGAAGAAGACGGCGAAGCUAUUUACCUGCGAGGUGUGCGAUCGAGGAUUUACCCGACGUGAUAGCUGGCGACGUCAUCACCAAACACAGCACGGCGAUAAGGAGAAAAAGAAGAAGACGGAGAAGUAUUUUUGCCGGGUGUGUGCCCAGCAUUUUACCCUGCGGAAUAACUGGCUCCGACACCAGCGGACGCAUCACCAGCCCCAGACAAACAAAAGAUUCACCUGUCCGACCUGUGACCGGACGUUUUUUCGCCGAGAACAUUUGAUCCGCCAUCAACAGCGCCAUGGCAACAAACGAGAACGUGUGUGGGAUUGUGAAGACUGUGGGAAGUCUUUCUACCGGUUGUGGGAUUGGCGGACCCAUCAACGUGGGAAACACGGCUCGGCUGGGGAUGAAUUAGGGGGAGUAAUUUGCUUCUUGAAAGUUAAUUUUAAGACAAGACCUGUUUCAUCUACCACCACCACCACCACCACCACCGACGACAACAGACCCAGCACGAGUCAAGCUCAAGUGAGUUUAGCGGGGGAUACCUCGCUGGGAGAAGAAAAGAAAAAACAAAAGAAAAAAAGUCCAACGUGCCAGUUCGAACCCGACCCAGUACAGCCUCACGAGGCUGUCUUGCCGAGCGGUGACAUUGACGUACGGGAGUUGUACCAGCGGCAUUGGCGAUCGAUCAGGACGUAUUUCCAUCGCCACAAACCAAUUCAAGACUGCUAUAAUUACCGACUGAGUGAUCUCGGUGCUAUCCCAGCCCAUGUAGAUGAGAUUUACGAAGACCAGCCGACCGCUUUCACUAUCAAUUACAGUUUUGGAUAUAUCCUCCGCCACAAAGAGACGGGUCAGGUGCGGUAUUAUUACCCGAGCACCAACAACACCCGAGUACUCGACGCACCGUACCGCGUGGCGAGUCGGGCUGACCUGCGAGGAUUCCACACCCAGCAUCUCCUCACCCAAGACCUACCCUGCGGUUAA